AUGGAGAACUUUGCAAUAGAUAGAAAUUCACCCGACUAUGAUUUAACAGAGUGCAAACCGUGUGCUCAUCUCUGUGGCAUAUGUCCUGCUUGUGUUUUUGCCAAAACUCCGCCGAUUUCUACGGAUCAUUUAUGGACUGUUGGAGACACUUUUCACAGGAGGUUCCUAAUGGACUUGCUAUCCCGAUGCAGAAGCCUUCAAGCUGAGAAAAUGCACCGUGUGUUAGACCAUACAACGUGGUCAAUGUUUUCUUACGCCAGAUCAGAUAAUUUAGCUUGUUCUGGCACUGGCCUCAACACAAAAUCUCAAGAAAAACCGCGUGGAUUCAAUGGACACGAGAUAAGAGAGUGGUUUGACAGCCACCCAGACUGGAUCAAAUCUCACUAUCUUUGCCGACUUCUUUUGCGCUGUGACAAUGACUUAUUACGGGCUCUUGCUAACUUAACAAACGUGUUACUCAUCAGACAACAGCGUGGACUACUCACAUUUGAAGGAUGUAACACUAAUGAAGAGUCAGAUGAUCCUGCUAUAAUGGUAGUUCCUGGUUCCUCCAAGUCCUAUAGUGGGAUUAGCCGAUACAAAGAUUUUAUAUCCGAUUUACCUGUUAAUCUGGCUAAAAGAAUCUUAGGUUUACUGGAUCAGUCUUGUUUAAAAAUCUGCAAUAAGGUGUCAAAGAGGUGGGAGUUCCUUGCAAAAGAAACCCUCAGUGAGAUUGAAUUUAGAAAAAGCAUUAAUGAAAAGAUCAUGGAUGCGGUCAAGAAAAAGGAUGGAAACUUUGCGAGUCCAACUUAUGCCAAUGUUGUCAAAGUCCAAGUGCCUGUCAGUGAGGAUACAUCUGAUGGCAAAGAGGCCAUUUUGAAAACAAAACUGGUACAAAUGGAAGAGCGUAAUGUUUUCUGUGGUGGAUUCUUCACUACCAAUGUCACAGAUAAACGUAACCCUCAGCGUGUCAUAGACUACAGGGGGAGCACAUUGAUGGCGGUGGGCUCCAAGGAUGGCACAGUGCAGAUCCUUCAUGUGUCUAUGGAGGCCAGAGUCAUCUCUGUGUUCAAGGGAAACGGUGUUCAGAUCAGAGCUUUGCGGCUGUACGAGGACAAGGACCUGGUCAUCACUGGAAGUUUUGAUGCAAUAAUCAGAUGUUGGAAUCUCAAAAAAGGAACAUGUGUAAUGACGCUGUCUGGCCAUGCGGGGGUGGUUAACUGUCUGGAUGUGUGUGGAGAUAGACUUGUCUCAGGGGCCAAAGACUGCACUGUAAAAGUUUGGGAUCUGUUAAAAGGGAAACUUUGUGAGGAGUACAACUUUAAGCACCCCAGCCCUGUCCAGUGUGUGAAGAUCCACCAAAGCAGAGUCUACAGCAGCUGCGACAAAGGACAGGUCAAAAUAUGGGACUUGGAGAAAGCAGCUGUGAUCAAGGUGAUUGACGGCCACCAAAUCUCCGUGCGCUGUCUCUUCUUUGAUGAAUGGCAUCUUCUGACCGGAGACAUCAAAGGUGUGGUCAUGGCCUGGAGCACUCACUGUGAGGCCAAAGACUGUAUCAAGACCUUCCACCAUCCAAAAGAGGUGAAAUCACUUACUCUCACUUACCUGCGUGUGGUCACUGGCUGUGCAGAUGGAAAAAUUAGAAUAUUUAACUUUCUGACUGGAGACUGUCUCAGGGCAAUAGUGGCAGGAGCUAAAUCCAACCAAAUCCUGUCUGUUUGUUUUCAGGAAAACAGCUUUGUAGUGAACGGUAUUGCAAAUGUUAAGCAGUACCAUUUUGGAGAGGUCUUCUGGGAUUAUGGAGACUCUGCAAACAAGGAUAAAAAACAUGUCCGGACUGAGGAAGUUUUGACUUUAGAUACACCCAACCUACCUGCCUCUGCUCCCGUCAUUAGAGUGUUUUCACCCAAUGGGAAACCUCGCAACAGAAGAAAAUCUCUGCCAAACCUCACCAGCUCCUCAGCCAAAUGUUCAACUCAAGAACAAAUAGAUUCUGUCAAAGUGGCCCAGAGUGAAAAGGCUGCAUUUGCUCGAAUCCAGAAGAGAGGCCCUCACCAACCUCCAUCCAGAGACUGCAUCCUCCUCAAGGUGAACGCAACACAAAAGGCUGAAUAUAUGGACGAAGUGGGCCUUAACAUGGAGCACAACGCCAAGCUAAGAGAUGACUGGAGCUCUCCUAUACCAUCAAAUGACUCACCCACCAUAAUAACCAGUGCACGCAUCUCCAAAACCAGCACUUUGGGUUCAAAAUAUACACCAAAAAGGGAGGUCUCUACUGCCCCGGGGUGCAUCAUGAGACCCCACCCCCCUUCAGUGGAGAGAACGCAAUCCCAAAGUGCAAAGACUCAAAGAUUGGUCAACAGAAGUGCAACUACUAAUAUAAGAGGUCCUUCAUCCACAGACCGGAGGGACUUCACCCAGAGAAGAGAGGGCCCUCACCCAGAAAUGAAAGGGCCCUCAACAGCAGAUGGGACAGCCCUCACCUGCAGACGAUAG